CUUCAUUCUGCUCAUCUGAGGCUGCAGGACGCACAGAAACAUGGACGCUCCGACGCCACUGCUCUUCAUGCUCGUCACAUUCAGCUGUGUGUCUGGUUUCCUUGUCACGUUGACCCCACAUGGGUUGUGUCUGUCAACACAAAGUCAGCUGGUUAUCCUGGGACACUGUGAUGUCACUAACCCUGCCCAACAGUGGGCGUGGCUGGGUGGUACCAGGUUGCUCCACACUCAGUCGUCCAGGUGUCUGUGGGUGGACCCCAGCCCCCACCUGCCGGUCCACGUCCGCCUUGCCAAGCUGAGCGCGUGCAGGAAGGCGCCGGCGUGGAACUGCCACAACACAGAGGGAGCCCUCGGAUUGGCCGAGACACACCUGUACCUGAGGAAACUGGGAACACGGCUGGUGAUUGGAGAACACAUGAAGAUGUCAGAGUGGAGGAAAUACGACAUUGACUCAGGAGGGAAGACACUGAUGACACCACUGUGCACCGAAACAGGAGAGUAUGGAACUGCUGGGGACUGGAACUGUACACCACAUCCAGUCAGGGACAGAUCUACAGACACCUCUCACGUCUCCACCAUCUUUUAUUCCUCCACACAUAAACCAGUGGGCCUGUCUAGCACCGUCAACUCCAUCAUGAGUCCUGCCAUGACUGUCACUAACCAACAGUCAUCACACGGAAUAAAGACCCAUCGCACCACCCGACAGGCCUCCACCUCACAGUUCCACCCUUCAGUCACCAGCAGAGCUUCAUCAGGUAUGAACACACCUGAGCUCCAAACAGGUGACCAGACCACCACAGAGCACGGCUACUUCACCUGGACAGGAAAUGAACCAGAGACACAGACAGUCACACUGCUGUCCUCUGAUGUCUUAUGGUCUUCAUCAGAGACCAACACUGACGUCACCGCCGACGUCAGCAGUGACGUCACCGCCGACGUCACCACCGACGUCACCGCUGACGUCACCUCCAACGUCACUGCUGACGUCACCGCUGAUGUCACCACUGAUGUCACCUCCAACGUCACUGCUGAUGUCACCGCUGAUGUCACCGCUGAUGUCACUGUUGACGUCACCGCUGACGUCACCUCCGACGUCACCGCUGACGUCACCUCCGACGUCACCGCUGACGUCACUGCUGACGUCACCUCCAACGUCACUGCUGACGUCACCUCCAACGUCACUGCUGACGUCACCGCUGAUGUCACCACUGAUGUCACCGCUGAUGUCACCACUGAUGUCACCACUGACGUCACCUCCGACGUCACCGCUGACGUCACCACUGAUGUCACCGCUGACGUCACCUCCGACGUCACCGCUGACGUCACCACUGAUGUCACCGCUGACGUCACCGCUGACAUCACCACUGAUAUCACCACUGACGUUACCUCCAACAUCACCACUGACGUCACCACUGACGUCACCACUGACGUCACUGCUGACAUCACCACUGAUGUCACCACUGAAGCUGCUGUUGUUUCAUCAGCUCGUUCUGAUUGGACACAUUCGACUCCUGACACAGAGACAUCCCACAGCAGGACUUCCCCUCCACCUGCCUCCACCACAGCUACACCUGUGAUGUCUACACCAGUCAUGGAGACACAUCCACCCUCCACCGACCAUGUCCUGCCUAUGACCUCACAGCCUCCACCCACAGUUAGCUUGACACUGCAGCUCUCUGUUCAUACAAAACUCUCAGGCAGCACCACCACUGAAGGAGCUCCACCCACAUCUCCAACAGCUGGGGUGAUGUCCACAGGGAGGAUCACCAGCUCUGCUCCAACAGCCCCACCCACCAGUCCUACAACACCACCUACAACCAAACCUGCAACCACGCCUGUAACUACAUCUGUGACAUCCACAAUGACACAGACUGCGAUGACCACACCCAUGGCAACAACCGCUCCACUCACCACCACCACCAGUACAACCACACUUGCAGCUAUGACAGCCAGCAGAACAACCACAGCUCCUCCUCAAACUACGACUACACCUGAAACCACAACUACACCUGUGCAGUCCACUGAGGCUCCCCGCUGCUCUGUGAACGUGACGGAGAUGAGCAGCCGCUCAGACUCUGUGCUUGUGACGUUGACCUCAACCGGUCCAUCCUGUAACUUCAGCCUGAUGACUGAUGAUCGAUCCACCGACUGCGAGCUGAUUGAACCGUCCUUCACCUGUCACCUGACCGGUCUGCAGCCCGGGACCCUGUACCAUCUGAUGGUGGUGUCUGAGAUGGAUGGAGAGAGGAGCGACGCAUCAGUCCGCACAGACCCGGUCAGUCCAGAUAGUUUUGAUGUACAGCUGGACCCUGUUCAGGCUCACAGCAGCUCUUCAGGUCUGCAGGUGUUCUGGUCUCGUUCUGCGGGUCAUGUGGACUGGUACGAUGUGACUCUGGAGGACCCCAGCACCGGAUCCACCCACAGAACCAGAGUCAUGGACUCUGCUGCCCCCCAGUCAGGAUUCAGCUCCCUGGUCCCCGGCACUCUGUACAUCAUCAGUGUGGUGGCUACAGCCGGAGACAAGAGCGCCCCACCUGUCUACACCUCAGCUACUACAGCUCCGUCACCUGUCCAAGGCCUCCAGGUGACUUCCUCGUCCUCAGACAGCCUUGGUGUUUCCUGGCAGGCUGGUCCGGGCAGAACCGAGCAGUUCAGGGUUCUGCUUUCAGAUCAGGAUGGGGUUCUGCUGAAGAGCAUCAGUCUACAAAACACUGUAACUUCCACUUGGCUGGACGGCCUGCAGCCCGGGACCCUGUACACCAUCACCGUGGUAACAGAGGCUGCUGGCCUACAGAGCUCCGCCUCCAAACAGGCCAUCACAGUCCCAGCUGUCGUGUCGCACCUGAUCCUGGACAACAAUGGCAGCUCAGACCACCUGCAGGCCUCCUGGCUUUCACCUGCAGGGGGUGUCGACCUCUACCUGGUGACACUGUCAGCUCUGGGCUCGAUCCCCCAGGAGCGCCGGCUGCCUCCCAACAUCACCCGGGUGGUGUUUGAGGGUCUGACGCCUGGAUGUAGCUAUCAGCUGUGUGUGAGGAGCUCAGCUGGAGGACGGAGCUCCAACAGCUGCAGCGGAGGGAGGACAGCUCCCGGCGCCGUGCGGCAGCUGCUCCUCCGUCACUCUGAUGAAAGCAGUCUGAGCGUGCAGUGGACUCAGCCACCCGGUGAAUGGGAUGGCUUCACUGUGGUCGUCAGACAGGCGGACCUCGCCACCAUCGUGGCUCAGAGGAGCCUCACCUUGGAGGUCAGAGAGUGCACCUUCAACAGCCUUACCUCAGGACGCCUGUACACCAUCACCGUGAUGACCAACAGUGGCAACCUGACGAGCUCUGCCUCUGUGACCGCCCAGACUGCUCCAGCUCAGGUCACCAGGCUGCAGGUCUCUAACGGCGGCUCCAUCGACAGCCUGCAGACCACGUGGGAACGAGCCUCCGGAGACCUGGACUCAUACCGUGUCCUGCUGGUCCACGACAGCAGCGUCAUCAAGAACCAAAGUGUGGAGGCCCGUGCCACCAGCAUCAGCUUCCACUCUCUGAGACCUGGAGCUCUGUACAGGGUGGUGGUCACCACCGUCAGAGCCGGACACACCUCCAGACAGACUGUGGCAGAGGGACGCACAGUCCCGGCUGCAGUGGGUGAGGUGACGGUCAGCAACAACGGGCGCAGUGACUUCCUCAGUGUGUCAUGGCGUCCGGUGGCAGGUGAGGUGGACAGUUACCUGGUGACACUGAGCGACCGCGACAGGACGCUGCACACCGUGUCCGUGUCCAAGUCCAGCCCAGAGUGUGUCUUCAACUCCCUGGUGUCCGGACGGCUCUACAACAUCUCCAUCAGCUCCCGCAGCGGCCUCUACCACAACGCUACCUCCGUCCAGCAGAGGACACAGCCGUCGAAGGUGCAGAGCCCAACAGCGACUCAUGCUGCUCGGGACGACUAUCUGAAGGUGUACUGGCGUCACGCUGCCGGAGACUUCGACCUGUACCAGGUGUUCAUCAAACACAACAAUGUGUUCCUGCAGAACAAAACGCUCCUUAAGACGCAGAACGAGUGUGUGUUCAGCGGCCUGGUGCCAGGCCGGCUCUACACGGUGCUUAUCAGCACCUGGAGUGGGACCUAUGAAACCAGCACCUCCACCCACGGACGCACCUUCCCGGCCGCGGUCAAGUCUCUGGUUCUGGCAGGUCGGGGUACCGAGGAUCUGCGGGUGAAGUGGUCCGCGGCCCCUGGUGAUGUGGAUCACUACGAGGUGCAACUACUGUUCAAUGACAUGAAGGUGUUUCCUCCCGUCACUCUGGGCAGCGGUGUGGGAGAGUGUGUGCUGUCAUCGCUCACACCUGGACGCCUCUACAAGAUCCUGGUCUCCACCUUCAGCGGCCCAAACCAGAGGGCCCAGUUCAUCAAGGGCCGCACAGUCCCCAGUAAAGUGAAGAACAUCCACAUCAGUAACAGUGGAGACAGCAGCAGUUUGAAGGUGAGCUGGACUCCAGGCCAUGGCGACGUGGACGGAUACUCUGUGCUCCUGUUCAGACAGGACAGACAACUAGACGUCCGGCCCGUCCUCAAACACCACAAUGAGGUGACAUUUGGCUCGCUGCAGCCCGGACAGAUGUACAGUGUGAUGGUUCAGUCUGUCAGUGGAGAGCUGCUCAACAACAGCACGGCCACCGGACGCACAGUGCCCUCAGCGGUGACGGGUGUCCAGCUGGAGGACCUCCACUCUACCUGCAGCCUGCAGGUGAGCUGGCAGGAAGCUCUGGGUGUGUCUGACGGAUAUGUGCUCCAGCUCCUGGACGACAGAGGUGGCCUGGUGUCAAACUCCUCUCGGCUUUCUGGACAGACCAGCUGCAGGUUUGAUGGCCUGACGCCAGGCAGGAAGUACCGAGUCCUGGUCCAGACCACCAGCGGGGGGGUCCGCAGCUGGGGCGUGAGCGCCGAGGCUCGCACGCGUCCGGCAGCCGUCACCAAUCUAUUGGUUAAAGCCAACACCACCACCAGCCUGUCCUUCCACUGGACUCCACCAGAGGGAGACUUUGACCUCUAUGAGUUUUUCUUGCACAAAAGUGAUGACUCGCUACAGGAGAGACAGCAAGGCCAGUCCAGCAGUCAGCAGUGCUCCUUCCAGGGUCUCAGACCUGGAGCUCCAUACAGGAUGGUGGUGGUGACUCACAGCGGAGAGCAGAGCAACCAAUCAGCUGUCUGGGCCAGGACAGUCCCAGCAGCGGUGCCGUCUCUGAGGGCUCACAGUGGAAACCAGUCUGAUGCUCUGUGGGUGAACUGGGACCGGCCCGAUGGAGAUCUGAGCUGGUACCUGCUGACUCUUUUCAACCCUGAUGGCUCUCAGCGCCAGCAGCAGCAGCUGGGCUCAGAGGUCACCGAGUUCGUCUUCUCAGACUUGGUCGCGGGCCGACUGUACCGAGCCGAGGUGCUGAGUGUGAGCGGGCAGCUGAGCAACAGAGCGAGCAUGCUGGGCCGGACUGCUCCCAGACCUGCCACCUCCUUCCUGUUUGGAGGAGUCACUAACACCUCGGUGGAGAUCACAUGGAGCGGCCCUGUGGGCUCCGACUAUGAUGACUUUGACCUGCAGUGGACUCCUGCAGACCGGCUGUCCAUCAUCAACCCGUACCACAGCCGGACGUCUGGCAGCCGAAUCCUGCGAGGAUUGUUCCCCGGACGACGCUAUACCUUCAGCCUCCGCACCGUCAGCGGGGCUGCAGGGCCUGAGGCCACCUACAGCACAGCCAUCACCAACAGCAUCCGCACCAAGCCAGAGCGAGUCCACAGCCUCCACUGUCGGCCUCAGAGCUCCACCUCCAUUUCCUGCUCCUGGGGGCCUCCAGAGGCCGACUACGACUCCUACACCAUUGAGUGUCUCCACCAAGACUCCCAGGUCCUGGUCUACUCCAGGCGCACCGGCCGAGACUCCACCGCCUAUGUUAUCACCCAGCUGGAGCCCCACAAACGCUACAGCAUCUCCGUGAAGGUGAUCUCUGAUGGGACAACCAGCGAGGCAGCACGGGACAGCGUGGUCACCAUGAUAGACCGUCCUCCGGUGCCCCCCCUCAGUACCCGGGUCAGUGAGCAGUCUGCUGAGGUUACCAAGUCCUCCAUCUCCUUCAGGUUCAACUGCAGCUGGUUUAGUGAUGUCAACGGAGCCAUCAGGUUUUUCGCCGUGGUGGUGACCGAGUCUGAAGGUGCUGACGAGGUGCAACCGCAGCAUCAGGACCCUUUGCCCUCCUACCUGGACUAUAAGACCAACAGCUCAGUGAAGACUUACCAGACCAGUUACUUCCCCAGUCAGUGCAGCGAGGGCCCCGACAGCUUCCACAGCUUCCACCUCACUCUGGGGACAGGGAUGGACUCACUGGGAGGCUCCUGUGAGCAUCGAGACAUGGACCCAGUGACCAGCAGAGACCUGAAACUGUUCUGUGACGGACCUCUGAAACCCAACACUGCCUACAGGCUCAGUGUCCGAGCGUUCACUCAGCUGUUUGAUGAAGAGAAAAACGGACUGAGUGUCGGCUCCCCUCUGUUCACUGACACUUACCUGUCGCUGCCUGUGGUCACCGAGGCAGAGCCACUGAGCGGUGUGAUCGAAGGCGUCAGUGCCGGCAUGUUCCUCAUCUUCAUGGUGGUUGGAGUCACUGCUCUGCUCGUCUGCAGGCAGAAGGCUCGGAAAGUUGUUGAGGAGAGAGCGACAGUCAGGAUGAGUGUGAGGAGAGAGAGGACAACGUCAGCAGCUCACCUGGGAGUCAGAGGGCACCGUCGUAUCUCCAGUCCCAUUAAGAUCCUCAACUUUGAGUGGCACUACAACAAACUGCAGGCCGACUCCAACUACUUGCUGUCAGAGGAGUACGAGGACCUGAAGGAUGUUGGGCGUAAUCAGCCUCUGGACUCAGCUCUGCUGCCAGAAAAUCGUGGCAAGAACCGAUACAACAACAUCCUGCCAUACGACUCAACGAGGGUGAAGCUGUCCUACGUGGAUGAUGAUCCGUGCUCCGACUACAUCAAUGCCAGCUACAUCCCUGGGAAUAACUUCCGUCGGGAGUACAUCGCCACACAGGGUCCACUGCCAGGAACCAAAGAUGAUUUCUGGAAGAUGGUUUGGGAGCAGAAUGUCCACAACAUCGUGAUGGUCACUCAGUGUGUGGAGAAAGGCAGGGUGAAGUGUGACCACUACUGGCCCUUUGAUCACGACCCUCUGUACUACGGAGACCUGAUCGUCCGGAUGCUGUCGGAGUCCGUCCUGCCAGAGUGGACCAUCCGAGAGUUCAACAUCUGCAGCGAGGAGCAGCUGAGCUUCACUCGGCUGGUUCGUCAGUUUCACUACACUGUUUGGCCUGAUCACGGAGUCCCAGAGACUACUCAGUCCCUCAUCCAGUUUGUUCGGACCGUCCGGGACUACGUCAACAGAAGUCCUGGAUCUGGACCCACCGUGGUUCACUGCAGUGCUGGUGUGGGUCGUACAGGGACCUUCAUCGUUCUGGAUCGAGUGCUGCAGCAGCUCAACACCAAAGACAGCAUGGACAUCUACGGCUCCGUGUUCGACCUACGACUCCACCGCUCACACAUGGUGCAGACGGAGGUGCAGUAUGCGUACAUCCAUCAGUGUGUGCGUGAUGUGCUGAGGGCCAGGAAGCUGCGCUGUGAGCAGGAGAACUGUCCCGUCUAUGAGAACGUGAGCUACACCUCCCAGAGAGAUACGCUGAGCACCAGACGCUAAGAUUUAUUGACCCCUGAUCGAUCAGUCCAGGAAACUUCUAUUUUUAUAUAAAUUCUGUUUAUAUUUGAAACAUGAAAUAACAAAGAUUAUUUAUGUGACGUAAAGAAUUAAUGUAAACAAACUGUACAUGAACAUAAACAUCAUCACACUGUUUGUAUCUGAUGGUUUUAUAAACAUGUGUUUUAUGUCUGUACAUCAAAAACAACACAUGAUACACAUGAACAAACACAUAAACUGUGAUGAUGAAGGCGCACAGGUCAGUCUGUUCAGAUGAUGAUGAAGAUGAAGAAGAAGAAGAUGAUGAUGAUGCAGAUUGAUUAUGAAUGGAUGGAUUACAGAGAGGCAGUUUGUUUUCUAUCAGUUUAUAAGUAUUAAGCCCUGAGUUGUGUCUGCAGGCCCUCUCUCAUGUGUAGAUGAUGGACAGUCAGAGGACAGUUACUGAGCUGAAGUGUGACACGUGUCAGUCAGAGGCUUCAGUGUGUUCUGUGUCAGCUGAAGGCAGCUGAAUGUUGCUGCACAGUGAGCUGAGUGCAGCAGUUUCUCCUGUUUGUCUGUAAUCAGAGUUCAUCAUCAUCAUCAUCAUCAUGUUUUCCCUGAAAAGGUAACAACUGACCUGAAGCCUUACAUACAUGACAUUGAUAAGUCACAAUAAAUAUUUAAAUCACGA